AUAACAAUAAUAACGAUAAUAACAAUAAUAACAAUAAUAACAAUGAUAACAAUGAUAACAAUGAUGGCAAUAAUGGCAAUAAUGGCAAUGGUGGCAAUGAUGGUAAUGUCCCUCCUCCAAAUCAAACGGGAGCUCCCGAAUUAACAAAUACUCCAACAAAUCCAAACCAAAUGACUCCUGCUGCUACUUUUGCUCCUACAAAUACGUAUAUGUCAAACGCGUCUUCAUUACCUUCCGAAGAUGGUAGACAAAAAUUAUCAAUCGCAGGUAUUUCGGUGAUUUCCAUGAUUCUUGUUGGAGUGAUUGUUUUGAUUAUACUUGCCGUUUACCGAAGGAGGAAUAGUAUGCGAAGAGGUGCUGUGCGCCUUUAUGAUGAACCGGGUCAAAAUGAUUCUUCAGUAAUACCAAGAUAUCUUAGUAUGAGGUCAUUACGCAUUCCAAGCAUGCCCCCAAAAGUUCAAUUAACUAGACUUUCUUCAGCUACGAUUCUUCUUCCUUAUAGAGAGAAUAACCCAUCCCCAUUAAAUAAUAAUACCAAUAAUCCAGCUCCAUCAUUCAAUAAUCUUAAUAAUAAUUAUCUGUCUCCAUAUACAAAAGUUCAUAAUUUAUCGAGUCCUAAUUCUUCGUCUUCUGGUAGUUUAAGUGUUAAUGUUAAUAAUAAUCUUGAACAAAAUAGCCAAAAAACUGAUUCGGUGCAAUCAUAUUCUUCUUUAGAAAGUUCUUUUCCGAUUCCACCUCAAAGAGCUGUUAAUGAUAAUUAUAAUACUACUCCAACAAGUGCUACUUUUGGAGAUAUGUAUAAAUUAAAAAAAUAGGUUAAUUGUUAAUAAACAUUUUAGACAGGAACUUAUUUAUUUAUACGCUGCAAAACAAUAAAAAGAAUAAUUCCUAAUAAUUUUUUUUUUACUUUUUCUUGUUGUAUUUUAGUCA